UGCAAUCUGCAGUUUCAUGUAUCGUUCUGUGUGUAUAUCUAGCAACGAAACUGUAAACUAGCAACAGCAAAAAUAACUAGUUUUAUAUAAUCGGGACUCCCUUCGGCUGUACAUAGCAGUGGUUAAAUCGCCUUAGAAAAUAAUAGAGCAAUAAAUAGUACGACUGUGUUGUGUUCUAUCGUGAAUGCGUUGUCCGAUUGACAUAUCGAUAAAAUAAAAUUGAAUUCAAUUUUGGUUUCUAAUGUCCUCAAACGUUCGAUAUUGGUAGUCAGUUCGCGGUGGUGUGAAAGAGUGGUGUAGUGUUUCUAUUGACAGUGCAGUGUAUCCUGCGGAGAUUUCAUUCAUAUUGAUCAAAAGGCAUCGUUAGGGGCAGACAGCUGUCGUUGAAUCACUGGAAAACGAGCAAUGAGUGCAAUCAAUAACAGCAGACAUCAGAAGCUGGAACAGCAACGGCAACUGAUGGAGGCCUACAUCAGACAGAAGCGAGCAACGCCUGGGAUGGUACAAGCUAGUGACAUGCAGCUGGUUCGGCCAAUGUCCGCCGUGAACCGAAAUGGUCGCGAAGUGCACGCCUACGAUGGACCGAUGCAGUUCAUGAUGUCUCCCGGUAAUCCGGACCAGAUUAUCAGCUCAUCAGUGGUGUUGAACAGCAAUAACAUCACUACCACCAGUGCCACUACGACAGGAAGUACGUCCAUCACAACAACACCGACGUCGCCGUACAGUGACGCAUUGGAAAAGCUCACACCAUCGUCCCAGGAGAGCGAAGACGAAGAGAGCACACCGGUCGACAUCCUUCCGAGCUCGAACAGCUUUGACCGUCACAGUUCCGACCAUUUGGCUCAUUCGGCACCGAUUUCGCCCGCCUUGAACAACAAUAGUCACCAUCACGACGGUAGCAGUGGUAAUCUGAAAAGUAUAGAACAUUCCUCACCGCAGGCCAGCGGUCACAACGACACUGAGGGGGAUGUGAACGGACCGGUGGAACAGUGGGUCACGCAACCGGCACCUCAGGGAGUACUGUACAAAUGUCGAAUCACACGAGACCGGAAGGGCAUGGACCGGGGGCUGUUUCCGAUUUACUAUCUGCACCUAGAGCGGGACUAUGGGAAAAGGCUAUUCUGCCUGGCCGGACGAAAACGUAAAAAGAGCAAAACCUCAAACUACAUCAUAAGUUGCGACCCGACCGAUUUAUCCCGUCAGGCGGACGGGUUCGUGGGGAAACUCCGGUCCAAUGUGUUCGGUACGACGUUUUUCGUGUACGAUAAUGGCAAAAAGGAGAACCUCGCCAAUCCGCGGCUAGACUUGGCGGUAGUAAUUUACGACACAAACAUCCUAGGCUUCAAAGGACCUCGCAACAUGACUGUUCUCCUGCCCGGCAUGACGGAAGACGACCAGAGAGUGAAAAUAAGUUCAGCGGACAACCAUCAAGGUCUGCUGGACAGCUGGAAGUCGAAGAACAUGGACAACGUCGUCGAACUGCACAACAAGACACCGAUCUGGAACGACGAAACGCAAUCGUACGUGCUCAACUUUCACGGCCGGGUCACGCAAGCUUCGGUCAAGAACUUUCAGCUGGUGCACGAUUCGGACCCGGAGUACAUUGUGAUGCAGUUUGGCCGGACAUCGGACGACAUCUUUACGAUGGACUUUCGCUAUCCGCUGUGCGCGUUCCAGGCGUUCGCGAUCGCACUGAGCAGCUUCGACGGCAAGCUGGCCUGCGAAUAAAUAUAACGAGCACGACGUUGCGUUGGAGGGGAAGGAGUAUUUCCCAAAUUCCUGUCAAACUUUUGUCUCAGCGCGCAAUCGGAUGAGAUUUGCAUGGUGAAGUAACGAAAUUUUUCAAGUACAAUUAGCUCAAGAGCAACACGCCAUUUGGUAAACGAAUGAAUAGCAAGGGCUAGGAUAAGUGUUAGAAGCCUUAGAAUAAGCCUUAUAAGGUUUUAGCUCGAACAGAAAGCAAGCUGAUGGUUGGAGUGUUGAAUUAGAGCUUUGGCACGCAGAUACAUAUAGAUUUCUGCUCCUAAAUAGUCUUUGGAGAAAAGAGACUCGUGAAAGUCUCGAAAAAUAUGUCCAGUCCAAUUUUUAGUACAUUAAAAUGAGUAGUUGACAAUGCAAAGAGCUUUGAAGUAGAUUUUUAGGUCGGAAAAUAAUGCUAUUUAUAUGUAAAAUAUAGGUAACGAAUGAAAAAAGAUGAAAAUAGCUGUAGAAUGUAGAUCGAAGAGAGGUGUCAUGCUAAUUUAAUGUUAGGUAAUCAAACGCUUACUGAAUUAUUUCAAUAUACAAUAGUAACCGAUUGGCGAAGAAAUUAUGGACCACAAACAAUGAUUGUGAGUGAAAUGUUUACAUUUCAAUCUGGAAGGCUUCUAGUGACAAUAUGAUCAUAUUUUAAUUUUCUUUAUAAAAUUAGAAAUUUGCUGCAAACCCAAUGAAAUUGGGUUAAACUACUUGCGCGAUUAUAACCAUUAGGACUAUAAUGAACAGGAUUUGAUUAAUAUUAAAAAAUCCACCACGCUGUAGUUCGGUACAUUCUUGUGUUCGUAUUAUUUUGUAUAGUUCAGUGUGAGAAACAUGAAACUCAUACCGUAACAUAUGAUGAAAAUCCAACAAACAUUUUAUUUGAAGAGCAGUUUAUUCAACCAUAAUACAGCCAAUAUCCAGUGAACAAGCGCUGGAUAAGCUAUUAUACAACAGAAAUGUUUGUUGAGAAUAAAAUAAAAUUAAAUAGCUUUAUAAAAUUUUGAAACGAGAAUCAAAAAUAGACACACGGAAAAAGCUCAGUCGUUUUACUUUGGAAAACUAACCGUUUAACUCAGUAUUAAACAUUGAAAACAAAAAAUUAAGACAAAUUAGGAAUACAUUUGCUCACUUUUAACAAAAAUGGCCUAAUACUUACGCAAAUAUAAUAGCUGAUUCCAUCUCUCAACAAGGUUGAGCGUCCUAUUAGAAACGAGAAGUAAAGCUGAAAAGACAAAUAAAAGAUAUCAAUUUUAAGAAUUGAACCAACCAUUUGGUAAUUGAUUAAGGUGUGACAAACUGGCCCAAAUAUUUAUUUCACAGAUAAAACGGUUAUCUUGUAACCAUUUUACGAAUAAAACAAAGAAUAGACUAAACUCAAGCUAGUUGAGUGACGUUUGAACAAUGAAAAAGACAAAGUUGUGUCAUAUAAUCAAAAGCAACUAGAGUGUAGUGCGUAGGAUAUACGCGAACGAAACAUCACAUGUAAAUAGCAUUAUACAGCACACUUAACAGUUAACACUGAACGCUAACUUAAAGCGAGUUGUAGGAUUAUUUUGCGAAACGUACUGCUGUUAGCAUUG